AGUUACCGCGCGUGGAAAGCCACUCCUCCGCGCGCGUUCCCCGUCAUUAUUUAAGUUUCCAGUCCCAAAAUGCUCGGUGCGUUGGCGGAGCAAACAGAGCCGAGGAGGGGUCGGUGACAUCAGUGGACGAGUGGAGACGGGCCAGUUUAAGUGAUCAAUCAGCUGCUGCUGACGAUGACAACAUGGCAGCUGGGAGGAAUAUGUCCAUUCGCCGCGUUGGAAGUCUCAUGCGGAGUAAAUCCGAGGGCACGCUAAUCGAUCUGAGCGACAACACUUCAUCCAGUGACAACUUGAAUGGUGGCUUUGUACCGGGAAGAACGCAGACAUCAGAUUGGCCGUCUUUACAGCCAGGACGCUCUGAAUCCUCUCAAACUAAAAACCCUUUUUGGAAAAAUCUAUCUGGAUCCAACCCGUUCCUUGAUGAAAUUGUUCACAGUAGCGCAGGUAAUCAUACUAAUGGGUUGGAAGUGAAACAAGGAGGAACGGCUCAUUUAGAUGAAGGUAAAGAUGACGGCAUCUGCUCGUCUUCGGAUGAAGACAGCGUUGGGAACCUCAGAGAGAAAAGACACAAAGUCAGCAACCAGUCUGGGAGAUGGAGGAGUGCUUCAGACAUUCUGGGUGAUCUGGAAAGAAAGGGACCAAAACACAGUAACAGCUCCAGACCACCUGGACCUGUGUUGAACCCAGACUUUGAGUGGCUGAAGAAUGACAGGGAGGCCUACAAGAUGGCCUGGCUGAGCCAUCGGCAGCUGACCCGCUCCUGUCUGGACUUAAACGUGAUGAGCAAGAGCCCUGGGUGGGCUCAGACCCAGGCCACCGAUUUUCAAGUGAUUCGCAGGAUGGGUCACGAUGGAGGCUCAGUAGAGCUACCAGAAUCCAAAAUCAGCAUCCAUGUUCCACAAGGGCACGUUCCCCCGGGAGAAGUUCAGGAAGUGACUCUGAAAGCCUUAAUGAACCCUCCCCCUGGACUCAACACCAACUACACGACGACAAUGAGCCCACUUCUCGAGGUGAUGCUGAGCAACAUCAACACCAAGGAGUGCUUGUCCAUGGAGAUGAAACUGUCAGGACAGGUAAAGGACAACCCCGAAAGUCAGGUGAUGACCACUGUGUUUGGAAUGAUGUCCAACAAACGAGAGGGACCAUACUCCAAGAUGAACGACUGUUACGUUGACAAGAACUUGAUCCGGAUGAAACUCCAGGAGAUGAACACGCAUUUUUUUGUGAUUGCCGUGGCACAAGCCUCUUCGCUGCAGCCACCCGCCACAUCGGUUUGGGAUUACCUCGAUCGGCAAAUCACCAUCGCCGUCUACGGCCCGAGGUUCAUCCACCCUUCGUUCAAGGUUGUGAUAGUUGUCUGCUGUCAUGAAGACGUCCCACCUAAGCUUCCGUUCUCAGACGUCUGUAAAGCCAACAAACCCCUACCUCCACUUGUUUUGCAGCUGUGGGGGAAACACUCCUUUAAGCCGGACGAGUUGAAGGACUUCAUCGUAGGGCUGGAUGUCAUAGGCUCCAAAUUUGAAAUCAAUCCCGAGGACCAAGUGAAACAAGUGAGGCAAAGUCAGCUCAAGAUCGGGACAGUUUUGCAUUUGCCAGUGGCAAUGUCUUGCCCUGGAGCAGCAGAGAUGACGCCUUUUCAAUUGGACGUUCAAGUGAAGGAAUCGGACUUGUCCUCAACAGCGUCCGGUUUUCAGGUAUAUUCCCCUCCUGCACCACCCAUCAGAGCAGAGAAGAGGCAACCAAAGAUGGUGGAAAGAAAGACUGAAAGUGCAAAAACGUUUACCAUUCCAGAGGAAGGCGAUCCCGAUUUGCCCAAAUUCGAAGACGUGCCGCUGAACCUGCAGUGGUACGGGGUGGCUAUGAAGACAGUUAUCCGUCAGCCGUCCGUAAAAUACCUGCUGGAGUACAUCAAGGGCGACACCGUGGCUCUGCUUUCUAGAGAGACCGUCAGGUCAGUCGGCAAUCUGAAGCUGAAAGAGUGGUAUAUCGGAUUCGUCAAAGGGAAAAUCGGCCUGGUCCACUGCAAAAACAUCAAACUUAUAUCCGUCGACCAGGUUAUGGACUUCACUGACGUUAAAGUCACGACAGCAGGGCUUUUGAAAAACAUAACGCUACCCUUCAAGGAGUUUACAUACAUGUAUUCUUCCAUCCAGACAUUAGUCACACGCCACAUCACAACCUGGAAAGGCUUUGCAGAUGCGUUAGAGUACAAAAACCUAUGUCUGGACACAAUUUUACGCCGGAGUCCAGAUACUGACGCUGACAAGGUGGCUGCCGUCCUGGAAAAGCUAAAGGGGGACUGCCACGGCGCGACGUCCAGGAGAAAGUUCCUGCUGGAACUGAUGGUGGGGCUGCUGAAGAUGAACAACAUGAAUCUGGUGGUGCAGCUCAUUCAGAACAUAGUGAUUCUAUCUACAGCAGUGGAGCUGGGGAGUCGGUGGCGGGAGCUUGCAGAGAAGUUGGGAAGACUGACCAAUGCUCAGAUAGCUGCUUAUGAGGCACCGCAUCGAGGGAAGACCGGUGAAGUCAGUAUGCAGAGCAUGUGGAAGCCUGCCUACGACUUCCUGUACUCCUGGAGUCUGCGAUAUGGAGACAGCUGCAAGGACAUGAUCCAGGAGCUGCACCUGGCCCUGGACAAAAUGAAAAACCCCAUCACCAGGCCGUGGAGGCACCUGACCGGCGUGCUCAUCACUGUGAAUUGUUUAGACAUCUUUCACGAAACAGCUUUCCCAGAACCUUAAAUCCUUUAUGCUGUUGUGCUAAAAACAGACUAUCUCCACUUGUGAAAGAACUAAACAUAUUAUUAUCUACAGAGAGAAAAUUCUGUGGAAAUUCUCUAAAUCACCGGGACUACAAGCCCAGUAAGGGUGGGGAUAUGAAAGUGUUGAAAAUGUUUGUGCAAAUGAAAAAUAUGUGAUAUGAUUUUCAGUCAUGUGUUUAUGAAGUCACUAAUGCCCAACUAAUUGCCUCGAUUUUUAUAUUUUCAACUGGUGUGGGGACAUCUGUUUUAGUUUUGUUUUAGUUAGUUUUUUUGUGUGUCUGUGUGUUGUUGUUUUUUUACAGUGGAGAUCCUUCUGUAAUUGUAUUUUUACCCUUCAAGUGCACUUUUUUAAUGCAAACCGUUAAAUGAACAACUGACUUAGACACUUUGUUCUUCUAAUUUAUAUUCUUUUUAAGAUGCAUUGAUUAAAUCAGGCGUGCAAUCUUUUGACUUAAAAAAGGGGGUCUUUACCAUAAUUGCUGUUUUGAACAUUUUUAAAACAGUUAUGCAAAUAAAUAAACACUGGUAUUCUGAUAUAAAAUACUGGAAGAAGAAACAUUUUUCCUAAAUGUCAUGAGGUCUGCAGUGCUGAGAGUGUGAAUGUCUUUUUUUUUUAAAUAGGAUGUGGUGGAAACAAAACUGCUUUUCCAAAAUUAAAGUUACAUAAGAUUAGUAAACAAAAGAAGGCACUUUCUAUGUGUCAUAAACUUAUUUUGCAUAUAUGUGCUAUUUUUUAUACUGUAAAGUUUGAGAGAAGCAGAAAUAUUGUAAUUUAAUAAAUGAAUACACAAUGAUAA